AUGUUCAAACAAGUUGACGUCUUUCUGAAAGAAAAGCAAGUCACUCAGGCUACUGGGACGUAUGCGUACCGUGCUUAUCUGGAAACCCUCUUGAAUUAUGGCCCCUCAGCAAAAGAUUCCCAGCUCACCGCAGCUCUGUUUUACAAGGACACUGCGGGAACAAUGGACAUCGCAAAUCCUACCACAGCAGGUGACGCAGGCAACGCUGGUCUUAGAGCAAGAUACGUUUUCAGCAAGACAAGUGGAAUUAUUGAAAUGGCUGGACCUAUAUUUAGCGAUGUAUUUAUGACCGAGCGUCUCCUGCUGAGUUACGUAGAUCUGAAAGUUAUUUUGAAUCGAAGCAGCAACGAGUUCUGUCUGAUGGCCUCCGAGGACGAUGUUGAUUUCAGAGUGAAACUCACCGACGCCUAUCUCAAGAUACGUAAAGUGAAAGUCAGUCCGAGCAUUUCCGUGGCCCACGAAAUUACGUUGAAAAAAGGACCGGCCAUCUAUCCCAUUCGUCGCGUCGAAUGCAAGAGUUUCAUCGUUUCCGCAGGCAACCCCUCUCUGAGAAAAGACAACAUGUUCAAUGGACUUGUACCGAAAAUGUUUGUCUUCGGAUUGGUUGAGAGCGAGGCGUUUAACGGUGCCUUCAAAAAGAAUCCCUACAACUUUCAACAUUUCAACGUAUCCUCCAUUGGAAUAACCGUGAAUGGUGAAGAAAUGCCAUUCAAACCCUUGAAGCUUUCCUUUGGUGCAAAUCCUAGAUACAUCGAAGCAUUCAGCACGCUGUUCUCUGGUACGGGGAAAAUGUAUUACAACACUGGGAACGACAUAUCCCGAGAAGAAUUCCCUAAAGGUUACGCCGUUUACGCCUUUGAUUUAACACCUGAUAUGUGUGGUGCAUCUCCUCAUUUUAACGUCGUGCAAAAAGGAAACCUGGCCAUUGAUAUCCAGUUCUCCAGAGCACCCACAGUCGCAGUAAGUCUCGUGUGCUACGGAGAUUUCGAGAAUACCAUUCAUAUUGAUUCUGAGAGAAACGUUGUCUACGAUUAUUCUGGUUAG